CAUGAGAAAACAAAAUAUCAUAUUCACUUGGUGACCGGGGAUAACGCCAAUCUUUUGCGAUUCCGUGUGAAAUUAACAAGGUUGCACCAGUUAACGGUUCUAAAACUCCACAACUGUGUGUUUCAACCUCCGGCGAUGUUUAAAGGGUUUAGUUGGCUAAUCCGUUUGGAUUUUGAGAAUGUCGGCAUAAACGCAGAUGUCCUUCUACGUUUAAUCUCCAAUUGCCCGCUACUUGCGGCCUUCACUCUGAUUGGUGAUGAAAAACACCUUAAGGGAUGCUGGAAUUCUGACUAUGUUGAGUUAGUCGAGGAUUUACCGCAUAUCGAGUUUUUGCGUAUGAGUUCUUAUCCCAUUCAGUGCUUUGCGACAAGCCUUGCUCCACAAAAGUUACCGGCCUUGCUAGUGCGCCUUAAAUAUCUUUAUUUAUCGGGACUGUGCUUCAAGAAAGAAAACGCGUUGCGUUCUGCUCUUCUUUGUAUUACAAGCUCCCCAAAUGUAGAGAGAAUUAUAAUGGAGCAGAUGCACCAUAACCCAACCGAACCCGUGUCUCAAACUGCCAUGAACUUUUUUGAGCUGCAAGACUAUGCAUAUGUUAUCUUCGAUUACCUCCGUAAAAUAACGAUAACAAACUUCACCAACAUGAAACCUCUGAUGAAUUUUGUGAAGCUUAUUCUGACCAACUCACCAAUGUUGAAGUUAAUAUUCAUAGUGAUUGACGAGCGGGUUGCUGUUGACGAUGAGGUAGAGAUGCUGAAAGAACUGAUACAGUAUCCACGGGCAUCGGCUAGAGCCCAAAUCAUAUUCGAGCGACCAUAACUUUUGGGGUAUGGUAGUGAUCUUUUGUUUCUUGAUGUCUUUUGUGAUGACUAUAUUAUAUGCUAUUAUAGAAUGUUUGAAGAUCCCCUAAAUUCUGGUUUGGCCCAUUUUGAUAAAUAUUUUGGGACCGAACUUCUAACUA